AUCAAAUGUCUCUGCCGUCGAUUGUGCAACGAUGGUCAUGGAUGGCCAUGCGGCCAUGACCGUCAGCUCGGGUUUAGUCUUCCUUCCUCUUUUACUAGGCUCCAAUAAGUUGUGUGUGUCUCACAACUAGGUUUGGAUUUCGAGAGAUCUUUGACGCGAUUCUGCCUUGAGAGGGGACCGGAACAAGCCGUCAUGUGAUGACAGUGCUAUCAACGAAGUGGUCUGCUGUCGGCAACCACAGUCUGCGCAUCCCUAGUUUUGGUGCGGACCGAAACCCAGGUUUACGUCCCCUCUCUGUCGCAAAAAGUUUCUGUCUUCAUUCCCGUCAUCUAUUGUGGCCUUCAAUUCCUUUCUCGGGUCUCUGAGUACGACGUAAGCAUCGAAGCAGUUGGUGUUCUCCUUGUGGCUUCAUUUGCUACCGGUGGUCUCGAAAUUGAGGUUCGUCAUCCCGGUUGUGGGUUUUUGGAGAUUCGGGGUGAAGGGCUCUAGUUUUGGUUGUGAGGAUCGCCCUGUAGCGGCCUUGAGCUCAUGCAUUGGGGUUCAGGAGGUUUUGGAGGUCAAGCGUAUUUAAGGAGAUGAGGGGAGUUAUGGUUAUUUCCAUGCCGACGGACGGGGACUCCAAGGCAGUGUGUGCGGCUGUCUGGCAUCAAGAUCCUUCGCAGAUGCAUUUGCCGGCCCUUUUACCGCCGCAACCAGCGAUUGCAGGCAGCAGUGGCCGCUCGUUUUUAAGGCGUCGAAGAAGGAUGACGAAGGUUAUGGGCUUCCUCAUUAUGCUUAUAUUUGCAAUUCUCCUGGGGUUGAGGGCACCGAACCUUCUCACCACGGAGCACCAGCAGGAAAAUGAAGACAAGCGCGUCCAUGUGUAUACGCUGUACCCCAAGUUCACCACGGUCCCUAUUAAAAUGACCCAAAUUCGUCGGACUCUUCUGGAGCGUGACCUUAGCCGACUGGGGAAAUCAUCCGUUGGGAAUCAUUCUGUACGAUUUCAUGUUGGUGGCAACAUAUAUCCUGACGGGUACUUGUUGUAUUACAUGGCGCUUCUCUUGGGAAGUCCUCCUAAGUUAUACUUCCUAGAUAUGGACACGGGCAGCGAUCUGACGUGGGCACAAUGUGAUGCUCCAUGUCGUAACUGUGCCAUUGGGCCGCAUGGGCUUUACAAUCCUAAGAAAGCCAAGGUGGUGGAUUGCCACCUUCCCGUAUGUGCCCAAAUUCAACAAGGAGGUUCGUAUGAAUGCAACAGUGACGUCAAACAAUGUGAUUACGAAGUGGAGUAUGCUGACGGUAGUUCUACUAUGGGGGUCUUAGUGGAAGAUACACUCACCGUGCGUCUCACAAAUGGAACUCUUAUUCAGACGAAGGCUAUUAUUGGAUGUGGUUAUGAUCAGCAGGGGACUUUGGCAAAGUCACCUGCCAGCACCGAUGGCGUCAUUGGCCUGAGCAGCUCUAAAGUAGCACUUCCCGCCCAGCUUGCAGAGAAGGGGAUCAUCAAAAAUGUUCUAGGUCACUGCCUUGCAGAUGGAAGCAAUGGAGGUGGUUACCUGUUUUUUGGCGACGAACUUGUCCCAUCUUGGGGCAUGACUUGGACUCCUAUGAUGGGAAAGCCAGAAAUGUUGGGUUAUCAGGCUCGCUUGCAAAGUAUCAGGUAUGGAGGAGAUUCGUUGGUGCUUAACAAUGACGAAGAUUUGACCAGGAGUACCAGCAGUGUAAUGUUUGAUAGUGGGACCUCAUUCACGUAUUUGGUUCCUCAGGCAUAUGCUUCUGUUCUUUCUGCGGUUGAGAAGCAAGCCAAACAGAGUGGUCUCUUACGGGUUAAGUCUGAUACGACCCUGCCUUACUGUUGGCGAGGCCCGUCCCCUUUUCAGUCUAUUACGGAUGUUCACCAAUACUUCAAAACUUUGACUCUUGAUUUCGGUGGACGUAAUUGGUUUGCAACGGAUAGCACCUUGGACCUCAGCCCUCAGGGCUACCUGAUUGUUUCGACACAAGGCAAUGUUUGUCUAGGUAUUUUGGAUGCAAGUGGCGCAAGUCUUGAGGUCACAAACAUUAUUGGCGAUGUAUCAAUGCGGGGUUAUUUGGUUGUCUACGACAACGUUCGAGACCGAAUAGGGUGGAUACGCAGAAAUUGUCACUCCCGCCCCACAAAGACUUCAUCACAAUUCGUCUCUCAAGUAACUUCUCUGCUCACAUGAGCCCAUUUCAUGUGAUAUACAUUAAUCUGUUGGCUUAAAAAGUAUAAUGUUGACCUGCCGAUGUGAACACCCUUUUCAAGAGCCAUCACAUUCUGGACACGACCGUCUAUUCAUCAUACUUCGUGCUUUCUGAAGAGUAGGCUCUGCAGCAGUUUCUUUUGCAAGUUGUACAUUUUUAUUAUCUGGCUGCAGCAAUUUUCAGCUGAGCUGAGCGGUUACUCCUGGAAGCCUCUUCAAAGAACAGCCUCUCCAUCGACAUUUUAAGUUUGCAUGGUGAAUAGUGCAUGUGAACUAAUAUCAUCAAUUUAUGACUUUUCAUGAUGGUAGCACCAGAUAUCAAGCUGUACAUGUGGUCGGUCAAAAUUUGCACAGGCUGCUAUUCUUCCUUAUUGGCUUCGUUCUUACAGAUUUUGCUGCCUGGACUAGUUCCAGAACAUUGUUCUUGCAGUGUAUUUUGUAGUUGUAUUGCAUCAGUAAUUUGGUAGUCCGACUCUUGUAUUUUUUCCAAAUAUAUCUUCUUAUUGUGUAAAUUGACCAUUAUUUAUGCCUCUGAA